AAAUAAAUAAACAAGAAAGUCUGACAUGAAACCCCGGGACCGAAGACGGGGUGCUCGGAGUGUGCAAAAAUAAAAAUAAAAAUCAAAUCUAUACACAAAACACAUAUCAUCUUCAUCAUCGUCAACUUCCGUCAGUCUUCACCAUCGUCAACUCCUUUUCAGAUCACCGUUGAUUAACCAUCGGCCGGAUGGGCGGCAACUACACCACUAAUCCAGACGAUUACAAUCUUCUAGAAGAAGUCGGUUACGGCGCCAGUGCCACCGUCUACCGAGCGAUCUAUCUUCCGUCUAAUCAUGUUGUUGCCGUUAAGUGUUUGGAUCUCGAACGCAUCAACAGUAAUCUGGAUGAUAUUCGAAGGGAAGCCCAAACAAUGAGUUUGAUAGAUCACCCUAACGUGAUACGAGCAUUUUGUUCAUUUGCCGUCAACCAAAACCUUUGGGUGGUUAUGCCAUUCAUGGCUCAAGGUUCGUGUCUACAUCUCAUGAAAUCCGCAUAUCCGGAUGGAUUUGAAGAAUCGGCUAUUGCAUCUAUUCUCAAAGAGACUCUUAAAGCAUUGGAGUAUUUGCACAGACACGGACACAUACAUCGUGAUGUUAAGGCUGGAAAUAUACUUCUUGACACUAACGGAGAGAUAAAGCUUGGUGACUUUGGAGUGUCGGCUUGUAUGUUUGAUAGCGGUGAUAGACAACGCUCUAGAAAUACUUUUGUAGGAACUCCUUGCUGGAUGGCCCCGGAGGUGCUGCAGCCAGGAAGUGGAUAUGAUUUUAAGGCUGACAUCUGGUCAUUCGGAAUUACCGCACUGGAAUUGGCUCAUGGUCAUGCCCCUUUCUCAAAGUACCCUCCAAUGAAGGUCCUCUUGAUGACCAUACAAAAUGCACCCCCAGGACUUGAUUACGAUCGGGAUAAACGCUUUUCUAAGUCUUUUAAAGAAUUGGUUGCUAUGUGCUUGGUAAAAGAUCAAACAAAAAGGCCAACUGCUGAAAAGUUGUUAAAACACUCGUUUUUCAAACAAGCUAAACCGCCAGAGAUCUCCGUGAAGAAACUCUUUGCGGACUUACCGCCACUGUGGCAUCGUGUGAAAGCCCUUCAGAUUAAAGAUGCGGCCCAACUAGCUCUCAAGAAGAUGCCGUCAGCAGAACAAGAAGCGAUAUCACAAAGCGAGUACCAGCGAGGUGUUAGUGCAUGGAACUUUAAUGUUGAAGAUUUAAAAUUCAAAGCAUCCUUGAUGCAAGAUGAUGACGAAAUUCAAGAUAUCAAGGAAGAUGAUGGCAGUUCAACUUCAGUUGUCAAUAAUGAUGCAUCCGAUUCAAAGGCUACAAUCGGCAAAGUAGAUUCCACAAGCGAGCUUGUUUCUAGUGAUGAAGUAGUCUCGUCUGAAUCCUUGAGCAAUAAGGAUAAUACUACAGAAAGUAAUACGCCAGAUGGCAAUAAAGGGAACACUUUAGAAAAAGACAGAACAAAAACAGAGCAACUACCAUCAACAUCAGAUAAAGAUUCAGCGCAGGCUAAGACAAGAAUUUUGACAGGAAGAAACCGACAAACGCAGAGUGGGCCCCUAGUGGCUGGUGUUGUCUUAAAUCACUCCAAAUCCGAUAGAACUCGUAGUUCAGAAAGCUCACAAGCAAUUGAUAAAAUUCAUCAAGUAAGGAGAGCUCCGAGCUUUAGUGGUCCAUUGAACCUUCCGAAUAGAGCUUCCGGAAACAGUUUAUCUGCUCCAAUAAAACCAUCAGGAGGAUACAGGGAUUCGUUGGAUGACAAAUCAAAAGCAAAUUUGGUACAAAUAAAAGGACGUUUUUCUGUGACAUCUGAAGAUCUUGAUUUUGUUAAGGAGGCAUCACUGAGGAAGUCCGCUAGUGUAGGUGACUGGAUACUUGAUUCAAAUAAAAUGCCUACACCUACUACUAAGGAUAUCAAUAGCGGUUCUAUACAUAACGUUCUACCUGCAUCGGUGCUCAUGCCUCACCUUCAAAACCUUUUUCAGCAGACAACACUCCAACAGGAUCUUAUCUUGAAUUUGUUGAGUAGCUUACAAUCAGCUGAGGUGCCAGAGGCUUCUCAAAAUGGGAAGUUGCCCCCAUUGCCUCGCAGCUCGGAGAAUAACGGCUACGCUGAAGUUUCUGAUAGAGAGCGUUUGCUGCUAACCAAGGUUUCCGAGCUACAAUCCAGGUUAACAAGCUUGACUGAGGAGUUGACCGCUGAAAAGUUGAAAUACAUACAAUUACAAGAGCAAGUUGAUGCUGUUACCAAAGGAGAAGCUGAUGCUUGAUAUCCUCGUGGAAAUACGAUUGAUGUAAUGCUGUAUAUUAUGCUACAAUUGCAACGUGCAAGCAGUGGUGCUUGCAAUCAAGAAAAUUGGAUGAUCAUCCUCAGCUGUGUAAUAAGUUUUUGUGUGAAGAAUUCCCGAUCUUGAAAUGCGAAUAUUCGGGUAGUGAGGAAGCCAUUUCUUUGAUUCAUUUUUCAUACAAAGAGAAAGGGUGCCUCGGUUUGCGGUUUACAGUUAUAGCAGCAAGCGUGACUGCUUGAUUCGUGGGGCUGAUUCUCUUGAAGCUCAUUCUAUAGAUAAUUUGUAUGUUUAAUGUUGUAGCUGUCAAAAACAGGACAUUUAAAUGAAAGGUUUUUGUUGUAUUUUAAGAUAUUCUGUAACUGUUAUAAUACCAGAAAUGUGAAUAUCAUGAACAAACGAACUAGUUGAUGUUUUUA